AUGAAUGACUUCGGGAUAAAAAACAACAGAUUUCAAUAAAAGGCAGUAAACAGAUAGCAAGAUUCAGUAGAAAGGUAAAAUAAUCUUGAGAAGCAAAAACCGAACAAGAUCUCGCAACAAUCUUAAAAUGACUCCCAAAUUAAACAGGAUAGGAAAGGAUCAAUUACAGUCAUAGGUCCGCCAACCCCAAUAAUGGAAUGCCAUGUACCAAUUUUUGAGCCAGCAAAAUUCAUUAAUGAUAUUACAAAUAAAAAAAAAUGA